AUGCCGGGCUGCUCUUGCUGUCGAAGCGCCCGCGACACUUACCAGAACAUGGUUCCGUCGUUCGGACAGCAACUUACUUUCUGCCCGGCCUGCAGGUUGUGUUAUCGACUAAUUGAUCCUAGAAAUUUCUCAGCUGCCGCGCUGAACGCGCGCACCCCAGCAGCCUUGUCAGCCCCGUGA